CCAUCAUCAACCCCAAGCAGGCCAAAGACAACAAGAGCUUCAACUUUGAUUACUCCUACUGGUCCCACACCUCGCCAGAGGACAUCAAUUAUGCCUCUCAGAGUCAAGUGUACAAAGACAUCGGAGAGGAAAUGUUGCUGCACGCCUUCGAGGGAUACAACGUCUGCAUCUUCGCUUACGGUCAGACUGGCGCUGGCAAGUCCUACACCAUGAUGGGGAAACAGGACGUCAAGGAUCAACAAGGAAUCAUUCCCCUGAUGUGUGAAGAUCUUUUCACGAAGAUCAACGANUUUAUCAUUUUCUCAGGUCCAAACGCUGAAGAGGAGGCGACUGAGGCUUUUCCAGUUGUAUUAGCUCGACACGACACCGUCACGGCUCGGAUACGGUUUCACGCGCGCGGCUCUCACCCUCCCUCUGACCCGUGUUCCUUGUCCUGUCUUUCAGCCAUCAUCAACCCCAAGCAGGCCAAAGACAACAAGAGCUUCAACUUUGAUUACUCCUACUGGUCCCACACCUCGCCAGAGGACAUCAAUUAUGCCUCUCAGAGUCAAGUGUACAAAGACAUCGGAGAGGAAAUGUUGCUGCACGCCUUCGAGGGAUACAACGUCUGCAUCUUCGCUUACGGUCAGACUGGCGCUGGCAAGUCCUACACCAUGAUGGGGAAACAGGACGUCAAGGAUCAACAAGGAAUCAUUCCCCUG